AUGACUUUAUCCGUAGCAGAAAAAUCAUACCUAUACGACUCUUUAGCCUCUAUUCCAUCUAUCAGACCAGAUGGCAGACAACAACAUCAAUUUAGACCUAUCGAGAUAUACACAGAUUUUUUACCAAGUUCUAAUGGUUCUUCUAGAAUAAUAGCAAGUGAUGGUAGUGAAUGUAUUGUAAGUGUGAAAGCCAAGGUUGUUGAUCACACUAUAGAUGAUGACCUAUUACAAAUUGAGAUAGAAAUCUCAGGUGAAAGGGAUGAUUCUUUAAUAACUGAAAGUUGUACAUCUUUAUUUAACAAGUUAUUAAAAAAUAUUGACAUGAAAAAAUUACAAUUAACAAAAAAAUAUAGUUUUAAGUUAUUCAUUGAUGUAUUAGUUAUAUCUUCCAACUCAAACCCAGUGUCAUUAAUAUCAUUUGGUAUAUAUUCUUCGUUAAACUGUACAUUAUUACCUAAAUUGGUAUCAAAUUUUGAUGAUUUGGAAGUUGAAGAAUUGCCAAUGUUCCAUGAUUAUGAUCUAGUCAAAUUAGAAGUUGACUCACCGUUGGUAUUUGUAUUAGGAAUUGUCCAAAACAAUAUAUUUAUAGAUCCUGCAGCAAAUGAAAGUGAAGUCGCAAACAAUGGUCUUAUGAUUAGUUGGAUAAAUGGAAGAACUAUUGCUCCAAUGAGAACAUUCGCAUUGAAUGAUACUAACACAAAAGGGUUUUCCCCAAAACUGAUGCAAGAAGGUAUAAAAUUAGUUGAAAAAUAUGCCCCUGAUAUAGCGAACGCAUUACAAAAUAUAUAA